AUGGCGAAACAGUAUCUCGCUGAUCAAAGUAUCAUUGGAUUUCUUGCGCAGCGUCUGAACGCAGUCCUCUCCGUGUUCCGCUACCUGGGAGUUCCCAUUGCCGACGAAAAGACAGUCGGCCCAACCUCCUGUCUCACCUUCCUGGGCAUCGAACUGGACUCCGUCCAGAAAGUGGCUCGUCUCCCACAGGACAAGGUUGACGACAUCCGCUCAAGACUAUUGGCCUUUCGCCAACGCCAAUCCUGCCGUCUACGGGAGCUUGAACAGCUGUUGGGCAAGCUGAACUUUGCCAGCCGCGUCAUCACGCCGGCCGAGACGCUCGCCAGCGACAUCCUGAUAGAAACUGACGCAUCUGGCGACAUCGGGCAUGGCGCAGUUUACGGCACGCAUUGGUUCGCCGACACCUGGUCACCACAACACACUCCGCUCUGCAUUACGUUCAAGGAGCUGUAUCCCAUCUGCAUUGCAUGUGCUACGUGGGGCGACCAGUGGUGUCGCAAGCGUAUCCGCUUCCAUACCGAUAACGAAGCUGUCGCCGCUGUUCUCAAGUCUGGCACCAGUCGCUGUCCUAAUGUGAUGUCACUCCUACGGCAGCUCUUCUUCAUCUGCGCCGAGGGCAACUUUAUGGUCACCGCCCGUCACAUACCUGGAACUACCAACAUCCUUGCUGACGCUCUCUCCAGGCAAGAUUUCAAGCGAUUCCAUUCGUGCCACCCUACCGCCGCUCACAUGCCCACUCCCGUGCGUGCUCUUCCGUCCAUUCCUGGGGAGACUUCGGCCGUGCCUUGCACUGCCGAGUGA